AUGGUGCACUGCUUGUCCGAGGGCUCGGCGGUGAUCGCAGCCCUGCUGCUGCUCUGCUCUCAUCUUCUGCCCGAGUCCCAGGCUGGCUGGAGCUGCGGAGAUCUGCUGUGCGGAGACAAGGAGGGCUGCUGUGUAUUCGGGAACGUCAGCCACACGGAGAUCAAAUGCUGCAAGCUGCCCUUCCACACUUUCCUGGACAACGUGGGCUGGUUCGUCAGGAAGCUGUCCGGGCUGCUCAUCCUCCUGGUGCUCUUUGCCAUCGGCUACUUCUUACAGCGGAUGAUCUGCCCUAGCCCCCGCAGGUACACCCGGCCCCAGCCGAGGGGGCAGAACGGCCCGGGGCUGCUCAACGAGACCAGCUCGCAGGACUCGCUCAUUGAUAGUGUCCGGCACCUCUCCGAACACGAACUGCGGAUCAUCUCCUCGCCCGUCUUCCUGCAGCUGCCCAGCUAUGAAGAGGUUAAAUACCUACCCACCUAUGAAGAGUCCAUGAGACCAAACCAGGUCAUCCUGCCGGUGUCCCAGAUCCCAUCCCAGCCGGGGGACAGCGCUGCCACCGGGAAUGGGACAUUGCCUCCGUAUUCACACUGA